AGCGCCGCGUACGACUGCACGAGCGCCGCGACGAUCGUGGAAAGAACUGCGCGCUGACAGGUCGGACGUACGUCCGCUACAGGUUCGGCAAAGCCAGACCGUGAGUAGGGAAAAUUAAAACAGAAUUCGUACGUGAAACAAGGUGGUUGGUUUUUUUAUAAGUUUAUUAGGCUCGUAGAUAGUUUAGACUGCUCUGAAUUUAUUGUUGAAUUGUAAGUACGGCAUCGCAAAAACAGUAUCCGUGAAUAUAUCCAAAAUGUAUACUUACAGCAGGCGACGAAGUCCGCGGAAACAUUGGCAUUAGUUGCCGUCGAUUUGGAGGUUAUCUAACGCUUCGCGUGCUGGUACAGGUACAGGGUGUCGAAUCAGUUGCAAACACUUGAGAAGCAGACCAAUCUUUUAGCGUGCUAUUACACCAACAUCUCACCGGUGUCGUGCUCAAAAGAGCUGCACAUUCUCUCGCAACAUAAUCUAAAAGAUUGAUGUCGAUAUGGCCCAUGUACCGACCGCAGAGUGGGGAUUUCACUGCCAGGCCUGCUUCUGGCCGGACACCACGGACAUGGUGAACUGUGCCCACUGCCUAACCUGGUGGCACACUUGCUGCGCCGGCGUCGACGAGACAGUUCCUGUCGCGGAGCGCUCAUUCACCUGUCCUCGCUGCCAAAACCCUUCGUUUACCGUUCCCAAAGGGAAGAAGCCAUCCUCUAAGGCCAGCUCUGGAACGUCAUCCACCUCCGACGCACGGGCGCGGAGGGCUCGCCUACGUCUGGAGAAACUCGAGGCCCAAAAGCUCCUCAUGGAAAAGCAUCUGGAGCAGGCACGUCGAGAGCAGCAGAUUCGGCAUGAGCAGGAGAAGUUGCAGCAGGAGGCGGAAAUCGAUCGCGCCAAACUGGAGAUCGAACAAACCAUCUUAGAGGAAACCUUUCGGGCACGGGAGGAAGAGCUGGACGAUGAGGUCGCGGAUGAUCGUAGCGUCGGGUCGGAGCAAAGCAGCAAAAGCAAAGUGGAACAGUGGCAAAAGCAGCAACAGUUUGCCGCUCGAACGUCAACGCUGACCGAGCAAGGUGCGAACAAUAACACUGCUGGUCAAUACGACGAAUCAGCCGGGCAAGACGUCCUGGGACGGGCUCUCCAAGGCAUUUCGCUGGAUCAGUCAACACUCGAAGUGGGAUUGGGUGGAAUGAUCGACAGAACGUCGAGCACUUUGGGAACCAUUUACGAGGUAGACCCGUAUGAUAACCCCGGGUACACCAACUGGCAACAAGCCGGCCCAAGCCACGGUAGCGCUUUGACAGGUUCUGCUCACCUGACUCACUCAACGCCCUUUCCGUUUUCCAAUUCCCUGUUGUACCAAAAGACCCUGACGGUCCGUCAAAGUCAAUCUGGAAUGGUCUACGGGAGUGUCAGCAGCUACCAAGUAAACAACGCGAGUGGUUUAAAGGCAAAUGAAAACAAUGGAACGACGACAGGAUCGCCAGGAGUGAACCCGACACCUAGGCCGGAAUCGUUGCCUCCGUAUCCACCGCCGCCUGUUCCCCCGGCACCAAGGCCGCAGCCGCCAGAACCAACGCCACGCCCACCUGGGCCGUUCCCGCGUCCGCAAGGCCCAUUCCCGCGUCCGCAAGGCCCGUUCCCGCGUCCGCAAGGUCCGUAUCCGCCGGGUUUCCAACCACGACCGCCGUUCCCGUUUCCACGUCCGCCAGUGCCAAGAAUUCGCCCUCCUGGGCCAACACCAGCACCCGAACCAGCACCGGUGCCGCCAAACCCACAGAGGGAUCCGGAGCCAGUGCCGCCAAAUCCGCAGAGGAAUCCGGAGCCCGCGCCGCCAGACAACGCGCCGCCAGACAACGCGCCAGAAUACCAACCUGAACAGGAGCAACCACCAAUUCCGCCAGUAUUGGGGCCAACGCCGCAACAGCUGGCCGCAAGGCAUGUGAUGCCGAGAGGGUUGCCCAAGUUUAGCGGUAAUCCCGAGGAUUGGCCACUUUUCGUCAGCUGCUACAACAACUCGACCCAGACGUGCGGCUACUCCGAUGCAGAGAACUUAGCGCGGCUGCAGGACUGUCUAGAAGGACACGCGCGGGAGAUGGUGGUAGGUCGCCUUCGACUUCCGGCAUCCGUUCCACAUGUCCUCGCCACACUCGAGACUCUGUACGGCCGCCCGGAACUAUUGAUCCAGACGCUGUUGCAGAAACUUCGGUCGACUCCUGGACCGAAACCGAACCGACUAGAAACUCUUAUCGCGUUCGGAAUGGUGGUGCAGAGCUUGAGCGAUCACUUGGAGGAUACGGGACAGGAUGCUCAUCUGAACAAUCCCACGCUGCUGUUCGAGAUGGUGGAAAAGUUGCCGGACAACAUGAAGCUGGACUGGUCACUUUACAAAAACCGCUUUGCGAUCGUAAACGUGCUCACUUUCGCUCAUUACAUGAACACCCUGGUCCGGGCCGCGACGGAUGUCACGCCGUACAAUGUACCGAAACCUUCGGAACACCGUGAUAGGCAGGAGAAAGGCGGUAAGGAGAAACACUUCUGCGGAGCACAUGCCGCGGAAAAGUGUUCCUCGCCGAAAACUCCAGCGAAGAAAGUCGAGGUCAAGCAAAACAACUCCGGGGGCCCAGCCUGCCUAGUCUGCAAAGACCCGAAGCAUCGGGUUAAGGAUUGUCCGGAGUUCGCCAAGAAGAGUGUCGACGAUCGCUGGAAAGCCAUCGAACAGCACGAACUCUGUCGCUGCUGUCUCGGUGCUCACGGCCGGCGGCCCUGCAAGCUGAGCAAGCGAUGUGAGGAAAAUGGAUGCCAGCUGAAACACCACCCUCUUCUGCACUCAAAGCCGGAAAGAAAGGAUGCCAAGCAGAACAAGGAAGAAGAACUGGCUUCCGGGUCCAAGGUGGCCACCAAUCACCAUUUCUCGGGAAAGACCACACUGUUCCGAGUCCUGCCGGUGACGCUGCACGCCAACAAUCGCUCAGUUCAAGUGUACGCCUUCUUGGACGACGGGUCUGAGAGUACGCUGAUUGAAGAGGAAGUAGUGAGGCAGCUGGGAGUCGAAGGCGAACAUCUUCCGCUGUGUCUACAAUGGACGGCGAAUAUGAAGAGGACGGAAGCAGAGUCACAGCGGGUCACUUUGCAGAUUUCUGGUGGAAGAGGUGGUGCGAAGCACACGAUUUCCGAUGUGCGAACGGUCAGCAAGCUGGAUCUACCGAGGCAGAGCUUACGGUAUUCGACGCUGGUAGACGCCCACCCGUACCUGAAAGGACUUCCGGUGGACGACUACGACCGGGCUACGCCGUGCAUUUUGAUCGGCAACGACAACGUGCACGUCACGGCGACUUUACGAAUCCGAGAAGGGAAACCGGGUGAGCCGGUCGCUGCGAAGACUCGUUUGGGCUGGACGAUCUACGGAACGAAUCCGGACCGACCAGAAAAGCUUGUCCGCACCUUCAACAUCUGCGAAUGCCACAGUGAAGACCCCCUACACGAUCUCGUGGCACGUUUCUUUUCCAUCGAGAGCCUGGGAAUCACUGCAGUGCCGUGUCCGGAGUCAGAGGAAGUGCAGCGCGCGAACCGAAUCCUGCAAGAGACCACCACACGAGUUGGACAGCGUUUCGAGACGGGUCUCCUCUGGAAGUUCGACCACUUCGAGUUUCCUGACAGCUACGGGAUGGCCGUACGGAGACUGCAGUGCCUCGAGCGGCGCAUUCGAAGCGACCCGGUGAUCGGCGAGAGCGUGCUGCGUCAAAUGAACGAGUACCAAGAAAAGGGGUACAUCCACAAGGCCACGGAAGACGAGCUUAAGGAAGCUGACCCGCGGCGCGUGUGGUAUCUCCCUCUCGGAGUCGCGCUCAACCCAAAGAAGCCAUCGAAGGUGCGUAUCUUUUGCGACGCCGCUGCCAAGGUUGACGGGAUAUCGUUAAACACCAUGCUCCUGAAGGGUCCGGAUCUUCUAACCACCCUGCUGGCAGUCCUUUUUGGCUUCCGGGAGCGGCAGAUCGCCCUGUGUGCCGAUAUCAAGGAGAUGUUCCACCAGGUGCAGAUCCGGAAGGAAGAUCGCCACGCGCAGCGACUGCUUUGGCGCGAGAACCCCUCGCUGGAACCGGACAUCUUCUUGAUGGAUGUAGCCACAUUUGGUUCGACGUGCUCGCCCUGUUCCGCACAGUUUGUCAAGAACCUAAACGCCGCAGAGCACGCCGAGCAGUUCCCAGCCGCCGCCGAAGCCAUCCUGCGUAAACACUAUGUGGACGACUAUCUCGACAGCGCGGACAACGAGGAGGAAGCGGUGAAAUUAGCUCUGGAGGUCAAACACGUCCACUCCAUGGGCGGGUUCCACCUGCGGAACUGGUUGUCCAACUCCGAAGCGGUUCUCGCACGGGUCGGGGAUAACGAUUCGGCCUCGGAGAAGAAUCUUCAGCUGGACAAGGGAAGCACAACGGAGCGCGUGCUCGGCCUGUAUUGGAAGCAACAUCAGGAUGUGUUUACGUUCUCCUCCGCUCUGGACAUGCACGGUGGGCACCCGACGAAGCGACAAUCGUUGAGUACGGUUAUGAGCACGUUCGAUCCGCUGGGAUUCUUGGCUCACUUCACCGUGCGCGGUAAGAUCUUGAUCCAAGCCCUGUGGAGAGCGAAAACGCAAUGGGACCAACGGAUUCCAGACAAGAUGUGCGUGCGUUGGACGCAGUGGACCGACCAGUUUAAGUUUCUGGAACAGAUCCGAAUUCCGCGCUGCUACUUUCCACGGCGCUCGGUCAAGGACAUCAAGACGCUGCAGUUGCACAUUUUCGUGGACGCAAGCGAGGAUGCCUUCUCCUGCGUGGCGUACUUCCGAGCGGAGUUCGAGGACGGUAUCGAGGUGGCGCUGGUCGGUGGGAAAUCCAAAGUGGCACCCCUCAAGGCCCUCUCCAUACCCAGAUUGGAGUUGAUGGCCGCGGUGAUUGGCGUACGGCUGAUGAACACGAUUAUCUUCGGACACUCCCUACGGAUCGACAAGACCAUCUUCUGGUGCGACUCCAAGACUGUGCUCGCAUGGAUCAACUCGGAUCAUCGCAACUAUCGCCAGUUCGUGGCAUGCCGGGUCGGUGAAAUCAUGUCCAAGACGAUGCCGCAUCAGUGGCGCUGGAUUCCCUCGAAGGAGAAUGUGGCGGACGACGCCACGAAAUGGGGGAAAAGCUUCUGUCUUUCUCCCGACAGUAGAUGGUUCAAAGGCCCAUGGUUUCUCUACCACCCAGAAGACCAAUGGCCGGUGGACAUCACGCCAAGCCUGCAAGAACCGGCCGAGGAGCUGCGAGCCUGCCUAGUGCACCGGGAAGCCGUUGCCACGCACAACGUCGAAUGGGAUCGCUUCUCGCAGUGGGUUCGUCUCUUGCGCACGCUCGCUCGUGUGCAUCGGUUUGCUGAGAACCUACGACGCAAGCUGAAGAAGGAGCAGCUACUGAGCGGACCAUUGCGACAGGAAGAAUUAGCGGCAGCGGAGAACACGAUCUGGCGCUGGGUGCAAAGCGAUGCGUUUCCAGACGAGGUCGCAACACUCGCCGCAGCACGUGCUGAUCCGGAAAAGCGGUUCAAUCUAGAAUCUACGAGCAAAAUUCGAAAGUUAUCGCCAUUUAUGGAUGACGCCGGCGUGGUGCGCAUGGAGAGCAGAAUUGUUGCAGCCGAUUUUGUGCCGUUCGACACUCGGUACCCCAUCAUCAUGCCAAAGGACCACACGGCGACGAAGUUGUUGAUCGACUGGUACCACCGGAAGUAUCUGCACGGAAACUGCGAAACGGUGGUAAACGAGCUGAGACAACGAUUUCACGUGCCAAAUUUGCGGACGGCUGCCCGCAAAGCGAAGAACGACUGCCUGCUAUGCCAGUUGAAAGCGAAGGUUCCGGUUGUCCCGCGGAUGGCUCCACUACCUGCUGCCAGGCUGAAGGCGUUCGAGCGCCCUUUUUCGUACGUGGGAGUCGAUUACUUCGGACCUGUUGCUGUGCGGGUGAACCGCACCACCGCUAAGAGAUGGGUGGCGCUGUUUACAUGUCUGACUACGCGGGCCGUGCACCUGGAGGUCGUCCACUCGCUCUCCGCCGAAUCGUGCAAGAUGUCCUUUCGACGGUUGAUCGCCAGAAGAGGCGCACCUGUGGAGAUCUACAGCGACUGUGGCACGAACUUCGUCGGAUCCAGCAACGAGUUGCAGAAGGAGAUGAAAGUCGUCGAGGAGAAGCUCGCCGAAACCUUCACCAACGCAACCACGAAGUGGGUGUUCAACCCGCCUGCCUCCCCUCACAUGGGAGGCGCGUGGAGAGACUCGUGCGUUCGGUGA